AUGUAUGAAGGGAAGAAGACGAAAAACAUGUUUCUGACCCGGGCCCUGGAGAAGAUCCUGGCCGACAAGGAGGUGAAGAAGGCGCAUCACUCUCAGCUGCGCAAAGCCUGCGAGGUGGCCCUAGAGGAAAUAAAGGCUGAAACAGAAAAGCAAAGUCCCCCUCAUGGAGAAGCAAAGCCUGGUUCAAGCACUCUUCCACCUGUGAAAUCAAAGACAAGCUUCAUUGAAGCAGACAAAUACUUCCUACCAUUUGAAUUGGCAUGCCAGUCGAAGUGCCCCAGGAUUGUCAGUACAUCUUUAGAUUGUUUACAGAAACUUAUAGCAUAUGGGCACUUGACAGGGAAUGCUCCAGACAGUACAGCUCCAGGAAAAAAAUUAAUUGAUAGAAUUAUUGAGACAAUAUGUGGCUGUUUUCAAGGCCCUCAAACAGAUGAAGGGGUUCAGCUACAAAUAAUUAAGGCUUUGCUCACUGCAGUAACAUCUCAACACAUAGAAAUCCAUGAAGGAACAGUGCUACAGGCUGUAAGAACAUGUUACAAUAUCUAUCUAGCAAGCAAAAAUCUCAUAAAUCAAACCACAGCCAAGGCCACGCUAACCCAAAUGCUGAAUGUCAUUUUUGCACGUAUGGAAAAUCAAGCACUUCAGGAAGCCAAACAGAUGGAAAAGGAAAGACAUAGACAGCAACACCAUCUACAGCAGUCUCCAGUAAGCCAUCAUGAGCCUGAGUCACCUCAAUUGAGACAUAUUCCAACACAGACUGAUCAGCUGUCCAAAGAACAUGAGAGGGAGCUUGACCACAGCACAAAUGAUGUGGACAAAAAUCUUCAAGAAGAUACAGAGGCAGAAAAUGGAUCUGACAUUUCUAGUGCUGAAAAUGAACAGACAGAAGCCGACCAAGCCACAGCAGCAGAAAAUCUUACUAAAGCUGAUGGAGGAACAUACGAUGGUGAAAGCAAUGAGUGUGAAGAGAAGGCUCAAGAAAUUGUAGAAAGUAUUGUGCAGGAAAUGGUGAACAUAGUAGUUGGAGAUAUGGAAGGGACUGCUGAAAGUGCAAGUGGUGAUGGCACAAUUGUAACAUUAGAGGAUGGCAGUGACAGUGAAAACAUUCAGGCAAAUGGAAUUCCAGGGACUCCAAUUUCUGUUGCUUAUACACCAUCUUUACCUGAUGACAGAUUAUCUGUCUCUUCCAACGAUACUCAGGUACAGGAAUCUGGAAAUUCUUCAGGACCUACCCCUGGUGCUAAGUUUUCCCACAUUUUACAAAAGGAUGCCUUCCUUGUAUUCAGGUCACUGUGUAAACUCUCCAUGAAGCCCCUAUCAGAUGGACCACCAGAUCCAAAAUCUCAUGAACUGCGAUCAAAGAUUCUUUCAUUGCAGUUGCUUCUGUCCAUUCUGCAAAAUGCAGGACCUGUCUUCAGGACAAAUGAGAUGUUCAUUAACGCUAUUAAGCAGUACCUUUGUGUUGCACUGUCAAAAAAUGGAGUCUCAUCAGUUCCGGAAGUUUUUGAACUUUCACUUUCCAUAUUUCUUACCCUCCUCUCAAACUUUAAGACUCACCUAAAGAUGCAGAUCGAGGUUUUCUUCAAAGAAAUUUUCCUGUAUAUCUUGGAAACUUCUACUAGCUCAUUUGAUCAUAAAUGGAUGGUUAUACAAACACUGACAAGGAUAUGUGCAGAUGCCCAGAGCGUAGUGGACAUCUAUGUGAACUAUGAUUGUGAUUUGAAUGCGGCAAAUAUAUUUGAAAGGCUGGUUAAUGACCUAUCAAAGAUUGCCCAAGGAAGGGGUAGCCAAGAACUUGGCAUGUCCAAUGUUCAGGAAUUAAGUUUGAGAAAAAAAGGAUUGGAAUGCUUAGUAUCAAUCUUGAAGUGCAUGGUGGAGUGGAGUAAGGAUCAAUAUGUAAAUCCCAAUUCUCAGACAACACUUGGCCAAGAAAAACCCACAGAACAGGACAGCAAUGAUACCAAACACCCUGAGACAAUUAACAGAUAUGGAAGCUUAAAUUCCUUGGAUUCUACUGCUUCAUCAGGAAUUGGCAGUUACAGCACACAGAUGUCUGGCACUGACAACCCAGAGCAGUUUGAGGUCCUAAAGCAACAAAAGGAAAUAAUAGAACAAGGAAUUGACUUAUUCAAUAAGAAACCAAAGAGGGGGAUUCAGUACCUGCAAGAGCAAGGAAUGCUUGGCACUACCCCUGAAGAUAUUGCUCAGUUCUUGCAUCAAGAGGAAAGACUAGAUUCAACUCAGGUUGGGGAGUUCCUGGGAGACAAUGAUAAAUUUAACAAAGAAGUCAUGUAUGCAUAUGUAGACCAACACGACUUUUCGGGAAAGGAUUUUGUUUCAGCUCUGCGCAUGUUUCUAGAGGGAUUUCGUCUUCCAGGAGAGGCUCAAAAAAUUGAUCGCCUAAUGGAGAAAUUUGCUGCUAGAUAUUUAGAAUGUAACCAAGGGCAAACUCUUUUUGCUAGUGCAGAUACUGCAUAUGUUUUAGCUUACUCAAUUAUCAUGUUGACAACAGACCUUCACAGUCCACAGGUUAAGAAUAAAAUGACAAAAGAACAGUAUAUUAAAAUGAAUAGAGGUAUCAAUGACAGUAAAGAUCUUCCUGAAGAAUAUUUGUCUGCUAUCUAUAAUGAAAUAGCUGGAAAGAAGAUUUCAAUGAAAGAAACAAAAGAAUUAACAAUACCCACAAAAUCCAGUAAACAAAGUGUUGCUAGUGAAAAGCAGAGAAGACUCCUAUAUAAUUUGGAAAUGGAACAAAUGGCUAAAACAGCUAAAGCUCUUAUGGAGGCAGUGAGCCACGUUCAGGCACCUUUUACUAGUGCAACACACCUGGAGCAUGUGAGACCCAUGUUUAAGUUGGCAUGGACACCUUUUCUAGCUGCAUUCAGUGUGGGUCUACAGGACUGUGAUGACACAGAAGUUGCCUCUCUUUGUUUGGAGGGUAUACGAUGUGCAAUCAGGAUUGCUUGCAUUUUCAACAUUCAGCUUGAAAGAGAUGCCUAUGUCCAAGCGUUAGCAAGAUUUACGUUACUUACAGUGAGUUCUGGUAUUACUGAAAUGAAGCAGAAGAAUAUUGACACAAUUAAAACUCUCAUCACGGUGGCUCAUACAGAUGGAAACUAUUUAGGAAAUUCCUGGCAUGAGAUUCUGAAAUGCAUCAGUCAACUUGAACUGGCACAGUUAAUAGGAACUGGAGUAAAACCUCGCUAUAUCUCAGGGACAGUGCGUGGCAGGGAAGGUUCUUUUACCGGAACAAAAGAUCAGGCACCUGAUGAAUUUGUGGGCCUGGGACUGGUUGGUGGAAACGUGGAUUGGAAGCAGAUAGCAAGUAUUCAGGAAUCCAUUGGUGAAACUAGCUCCCAAAGUGUUGUUGUUGCUGUAGACAGAAUAUUUACGGGAUCUACAAGGUUGGAUGGAAAUGCUAUUGUGGAUUUCGUUCGCUGGCUUUGUGCUGUAUCUAUGGAUGAACUGCUGUCUGCUACCCACCCUCGAAUGUUUAGUCUGCAGAAGAUAGUAGAGAUUUCUUACUACAACAUGGGCCGGAUAAGGCUACAGUGGUCUAGAAUCUGGGAAGUUAUUGGAGAUCAUUUUAAUAAGGUUGGCUGCAAUCCCAAUGAAGAUGUAGCUAUUUUUGCAGUAGACUCAUUAAGGCAAUUAUCGAUGAAGUUCUUAGAAAAAGGAGAACUUGCUAAUUUCCGAUUCCAGAAGGACUUCCUAAGACCGUUUGAACAUAUCAUGAAGAGAAACAGGUCUCCUACUAUUCGAGACAUGGUCGUACGGUGUAUUGCACAGAUGGUAAAUUCCCAGGCUGCUAAUAUUCGUUCUGGCUGGAAAAACAUUUUUUCAGUAUUUCAUCUGGCAGCCUCAGAUCAGGAUGAAAGUAUAGUGGAACUUGCAUUCCAGACUACAGGACACAUUGUCACAAUUGUGUUUGAAAAACACUUCCCAGCAACCAUAGAUUCUUUCCAGGAUGCAGUAAAGUGCUUGUCUGAAUUUGCCUGCAAUGCAGCAUUUCCAGAUACCAGUAUGGAAGCGAUCCGUCUCAUUCGCCACUGUGCAAAAUAUGUAUCUGAUAGACCUCAGGCAUUCAAGGAAUACACAAGUGAUGAUAUGAAUGUAGCUCCUGAAGACAGAGUGUGGGUGCGAGGAUGGUUCCCAAUUCUGUUUGAAUUGUCCUGUAUCAUCAAUAGAUGCAAAUUAGAUGUAAGAACCAGGGGCUUAACAGUAAUGUUCGAAAUAAUGAAGACAUACGGCCAUACUUACGAAAAACACUGGUGGCAAGAUUUAUUUCGGAUUGUCUUCAGGAUAUUUGACAACAUGAAACUGCCAGAACAGCAGACUGAGAAAGCUGAAUGGAUGACAACUACUUGCAACCAUGCACUUUAUGCAAUAUGUGAUGUAUUCACACAGUAUUUAGAAGUACUUAGUGAUGUUCUUUUGGAUGAUAUAUUUGCACAGCUGUACUGGUGUGUGCAGCAAGACAAUGAACAACUGGCACGGUCUGGUACGAACUGUUUGGAGAAUGUUGUCAUCCUAAAUGGUGAAAAGUUUACCCUAGAAAUAUGGGAUAAAACUUGUACUUGCAUGCUGGAUAUUUUCAAAACUACAAUCCCUCAUGCGCUGCUGACUUGGCGACCAGUCAGUGGGGAGUUUGGCUCUGGAUCUUCCUCUGAUGCAAAAGAAAAACUGGAUACAAUCUCACAGAAGUCAGUAGAUAUUCAUGAUUCUGUUCAGCCUAGAUCUCAAGAUGGACGUCCAUAUCAACCUGGUGCAGGGUCCACAGUAGGUGAAGAAAUGAGUAAAACCAGGCCAACAGCAAAAUUUCCAGAACAGAAGUUAUUUGCUGCUCUUUUGAUCAAAUGUGUUGUACAACUGGAACUCAUUCAGACUAUCGACAAUAUUGUGUUCUUCCCAGCAACUAGCAAAAAGGAGGAUGCAGAGAAUCUAGCAGCAGCACAAAGAGAUGCAGUAGACUUUGAUGUCCAUGUGGAUACACAGGAUCAAGGGAUGUAUCGUUUUCUAACGUCACAGCAGCUUUUCAAACUUCUCGAUUGUCUGCUGGAAUCUCACAGAUUUGCUAAAGCAUUUAAUUCAAACAAUGAACAAAGAACUGCUCUCUGGAAAGCAGGUUUCAAAGGAAAAUCGAAGCCUAAUCUUCUGAAACAGGAGACAAGUAGUCUUGCCUGUGGAUUGCGCAUUCUGUUCCGUAUGUACACAGAUGAAAGCCGUACCAGUGCAUGGGAGGAAGUCCAGCAAAGACUACUAAAUGUCUGCAGUGAGGCUCUGAGUUACUUUCUCACUCUUACAUCAGAAAGUCAUCGGGAAGCCUGGACUAAUCUGUUACUCUUAUUUUUGACUAAAGUACUGAAGAUAAGUGAUGAAAGGUUCAAGGCUCAUGCCUCAUUCUACUAUCCUCUGUUGUGUGAAAUUAUGCAGUUUGACCUAAUUCCUGAACUUCGAGCUGUUCUACGAAGGUUUUUCCUGCGGAUUGGUGUGGUUUUCCAAAUAUCCCAACCACCAGAACAAGAGUCUGGAAUAAGCAAGCAGUAGCAGAUAGUGACUGAGCGUUGCUCCGUUGCUCAGCUAGAUAAAAGGACCAGGUAGCUGAGCCAUUCUGUCUGGAUAUCCAUAAAAAUGGUUUCUUUGUAUGGCAAUGUGUAUCUAAGGGUUAACGGUACAGAUGCUUACAACUGUAAUUAAGGCUUGCAACACUCCAGUCCCUUUAUUUCUUACCUGGCUCAUGCUGAGCACAGAGCCAGUUUUUAGCACAGUCCUCUCGUCAGCGUGGGCUGCAAUAUCCUGUACUGUCCUAGACAGCAGUAUAGCAACAGAUGUUUAUGGCGGGUGUGAAAGUAAAAUGUACCCAAAGAACUAUAUAUGUAAAGGUUUGAGCUUCUGCAAGAAGUACAACUCAGGAGAGCUGUAUUUUGAAGGAUAAAAUGUUUAUAGUGAAAAGAAAAUGGAGAUUAUUGUUCAUGGUAAAAGAUAUUUAGCAACUAUGUCUGAUAUUCUAAGAUUUUUGCACACUCAGGCUGUCUGAGACGUUGGUAAUCAUCCUUCUGUGAAAAAUGUACAGAGAUGCAGGUCUGUAAUAUAAACUCUUUAACACUA